CUGCAAAACUUCAACGUCGGCAAGAAGAGCGGGAAUCAAAUCAUUCCCUCUCUGAAAACUCAUUGAUUUGUGUGCUUUUCUCUUUCGAUUUCCUUGCAAGAAACUAUGUCUCUGCUCUCCGAUCUCAUCAACCUCAACCUCUCUGACUCCACCGAGAAGAUCAUUGCAGAGUACAUAUGGAUUGGUGGAUCAGGCAUGGAUCUCAGAAGCAAAGCGAGGACCCUUUCUGGCCCUGUAAGCGAUCCUUCUAAGCUUCCCAAAUGGAAUUAUGAUGGAUCUAGUACAGGCCAAGCCCCAGGAGAAGACAGUGAAGUGAUCCUUUACCCACAAGCAAUUUUUAGGGACCCAUUCAGGAGAGGCAACAAUAUUCUUGUUAUAUGUGAUGCUUACACACCAGCUGGUGAGCCGAUCCCCACAAACAAGAGACAUGCUGCUGCCAAGAUCUUCAGCCAUCCUGAUGUUGUUGCUGAAGUACCAUGGUAUGGUAUUGAGCAAGAGUACACCUUGCUGCAGAAGGAUGUAAAAUGGCCAAUUGGGUGGCCAAUUGGUGGUUUCCCUGGGCCACAGGGACCGUACUAUUGUGGUGUUGGUGUUGACAAAGCCUUUGGUCGUGACAUUGUUGAUGCCCAUUACAAAGCCUGUUUAUAUGCCGGGGUUAACAUCAGUGGUAUUAACGGAGAAGUGAUGCCAGGGCAGUGGGAAUUUCAAGUUGGUCCUUCAGUUGGUAUUUCUGCUGGGGAUGAAUUAUGGGUUGCUCGUUACAUCUUAGAGAGGAUAACAGAGAUUGCUGGAGUAGUCCUUUCUUUUGAUCCAAAACCAAUCCAGGGAGACUGGAAUGGAGCAGGUGCUCACACAAACUACAGUACGAAGUCGAUGAGGGAAGAAGGAGGUUAUGAGGUGAUCAAAAAAGCAAUUGAGAAGUUGAAGCUUAGGCACAAAGAACACAUUGCUGCAUAUGGAGAAGGCAAUGAGCGUCGUCUCACGGGACGGCAUGAAACAGCUGACAUCAACACCUUCUCUUGGGGUGUUGCAAAUCGCGGUGCAUCUGUUAGAGUAGGACGAGAUACCGAGAAAGAAGGAAAGGGAUACUUUGAGGACCGGAGACCUGCGUCAAACAUGGACCCAUAUGUUGUAACUUCCAUGGUCGCUGAAACCACCAUCUUGUGGAAGCCAUGAGGGGAGGAAGGGAAGGGAAGAGGAUGAAUAAUCUUCCAAAUUAUGACUUUCAAUUUCAAAUGGGAUACUGAAAUUUAAAAGGGGGAAGUGGGUGUUUGAUUAGAUAAGAAUCCUUCUUUGUUUUUAUUACGUUCGCAGUUGAUAUUCUCAUCCUUUUGUAUUAUUGUGAUUUUUAGCCUUCCAUUUGAGGUUUUCCAAGGGCAAGCUGUUUGCCACUUCCCCAUUGCUCCAUUUCUGUAUGAAAGGAAUAAAAUAAUAGGAUGGGUUUCUAUUAUCCUUUG